AUGAGCACCAGUCAACGCCGCAAAGAAGGAAAGCAACGGCAAGCAACAGGUCGCACAACUGUAUCUAGAACCGAACAGUAUGACUCGUCCUUACCACCAUCGCUGGAUCACGAUGUGAGGAUCGUCGCAACGCCCCACCAAUUCCAAGCGCAUUAUACGGAAGGUCCUGAACUUGGUCGCGGAGCAUUCGCCGAAGUUUUCCUCGGUAUACAUAAAGUUUCGAAGCAAGAGUACGCAAUAAAAAAGAUCGAUCGUGCGAAGAUGAUUUGGGGGGAUCGUGAUGCUCUAGCCGACGAGAUCAACUCGCUGAUAUACAGUCGAAAAGGGCCCAAUAUUGUACAGCUUUACGAAGUCUACGAAGAGCAGCAUCAUUGUUUUCUCGUAAUGGAGCUUAUGCGUGGAGGUGAAUUGUUUGAUCGCAUCCUAAACAAAAAGAAUUUCACUGAAAAGGAGGCUCGGGACUCAGUACGAGGCAUGCUGAAAGGGCUCGAAUACAUGCAUGAAAAACGAGUUGCUCACCGUGAUCUGAAGCCUGAAAACCUUCUUUUGAUGAACGACGACGAAGCUAGUAUUAAGCUUGCCGACUUUGGAUUCGCUAAGCGCGUCAGAAAUCCUCAAGGAUUGCGAACUCUUUGCGGAACGCCUGGUUACUUGGCACCCGAGAUUCUGGAACGCUUUCCCGCUUACGAUACGGCCUGUGAUCUUUGGAGUGUGGGGGUCAUUUUGUUCUUGCUACUUGGAGGGUACCUUCCGUUCGAAGACGACGAUGAGGAUAUUGUUUUCGAGCGAACUCGGAAUGGAGAAUACGAUUUCCAUCCUGCCUAUUGGAGAAAUAUUUCUACUUGUGCCAAGACCAUGGUAACAAAGCUCUUAACGGUGAAUUGGAAAAAACGAUUCACGGCAAAGGAUGCCUUAAACAAUGAUUGGAUGAGU